UUGGUGCAUCAGUGGAACGAAGCUUACGCUGUCUCUUUCUAGAAUUGUUAGUAGGAACUAUUCGCGUUUAGUACUGUUACGUCACAGAUGUAUAUAUGAUGUGUGAGGCAGAACGGAAGUAGGUACGCGAUUUAAGCUGCUACAACAAACGUAUAGUGUUCAGGUAUUGGAACAACUCGAUUAUGUUAAAGACAAUAGCCAGACUUCGAGGAAAGCGUCGUAAGAAAACGAAAACUACAGAUUCGAAUUCGAACGAUUAUGUUGAAACAAUGGAAUCUGCCGAUAGCGGGGGUUCGAUGUCGCGAAAUUCGUCGAAAAAUUCAAUGUCGGACAUUGCUCAGUGUGACGUCACAGUAGCCAAUGGUGACGUCAUAGAUGCAAUUCCAACCGAUGACGACAGCAGUGAUGGGGAAGUCCCUAAAGUAGUCAAACCGAACACUGAGAUUCGGGCCGAGGAUUUAUAUGAAGUAUAUAACAAUAAACAUGCGGAUGAGGAUAGGUUGUUUAGGGCUGAGUUUCAGUCGAUGCCCGCUUAUGUAUCGUCACUACAACCGGUGGCAGAUUACGCAAAACUCACGGAAAACAAAGAGAAGAACAGAUACAAGAACGUGAUCACUUGUGACGACAGCCGCGUCAAACUGUCACCCAUUGAUGAGGUAGCCUUCUCCGAUUACAUCAACGCUUCAUUUAUCGACGGUCAUGACGUAGAGAAAAAGUUCAUAGCCGCGCAAGGACCAAAGGAAAAUACACUCGACGACUUUUGGCGGAUGAUAUGGGAACACCAUUGUUACGUCAUAGUCAUGAUUACCGAACUUCGCGAACUUGGACGACCAUACACACGUCUGCCGUCACCAUUCAAAUUCCCGGGCCAGAAAAAAUGCGAACAAUACUGGCCGGAAGAUGGGACAAUGGAAUUCGGGAAGAUUCGCGUUUCCCUCCAUGACGUCAUAGACUAUGGAAGUUUCGUUGAAAGGUUACUAAAGGUCACGCAUUCCGAUCAUCCUGAUGACGAGCCUCGAAACAUCUCCCAGUUCCAAUACCGCGCGUGGCCGGACCACGGAGUUCCAAAAACGACUUCUGAAAUUUUCCGAUUUCGAGUGCGAACGCUAAAAGCACAAUCUGAUUGUGACGCCACACCGGGACCCAUUGUCGUGCAUUGCAGCGCAGGUGUAGGUAGAACCGGAACUUACAUUGUUCUAGAUUAUCUCGUCAACAAACUAAACAAUGACAACAAUAUUGAUGUUUAUGACGUCAUAGCUAACCUGAGAACGAAGAGAACGGAAAUGGUUCAAAGCUUGGAUCAAUACGUCUUCUUGCACAAACUCGCGAUGGAGAUUCAUUUGUUCGGUAAUACUGACGUCACAAAGGAAGAUUUCACGUCGCGGUACACGUCAUUAGAAAGUGAGGACCCUGAGAGCGGAAAAAGCGGAUUCGAAGCAGAAUUCGACAAACUAUCACUUACGUGCCCAUCUAAUCCUAGACUCGGUUCGGGGACUUUCCCUGACAACGCCAUCAAAAAUAGAGACCAAGAUAUUAUCCCAUACGAACACAGCCAGAUAUUCAUCCGCAUGCGACCGAGCGAACAGACUCCGCCAUACGCGAACGCAUCUAUGAUGCAGUGCUAUGACGUCAAACACAACCUGAUUGUGACGCAAGCACCGAUGCAAAACACAAUCGAAGACUUCUGGCGUGUUGUCAUCGAUAAUUACGUCACACACAUCGUUAUGUUGACGCCAUUAACAAUAGACCACGUGGAGCAAUGCGCGCAAUAUUGGCCAAUCAACGACGAUUCUAUGGAAUGCGGGGAAUUGUCUGUUCAUAAUGACGUCACAAUCGAUCAUGGCGAAUACAUCGAGACGACGCUGAGUGUUUCAGGCGAUCAACCUGAUCACAAAACGACGACUGUGACUCACUUGCGCUACCAAGUGUGGGAGGACGAGAACCAGCCUCCUCCAGAUGGUGGCGCUGUUUUAAUCAACCUUGCCAACCUGGUUGCUAAGCAACUGAACGCUGAUCACGACGGAGUGCGACCUCGUGUGGUGAUUCACUGCAGCGACGGCGCUGGACGGUCGGGUAUCUUCUGUUGCGUCAUAAACCUUCUGGAACGCCUUCGACGCGAAAACGCGAUUGACGUCUUCAGGUCGGUGAAAGAUCUUCGCGAUUGUCGCCCUCUAGUGGUAAGGACGAAGGAACAAUAUAAAGCGUGUUAUGACAUCAUUAAAAAGUAUAUUACGUCAUCAGAAGUUGGGGAAGAACCGACAUAGUAUUGGUGACGUCACUUGCAGUUCCAUGUAUACGUCAUAGUGCCUAUUGUUUCAACCUUUGUAUUAAACGCGUGCAAUAGAUGACGUGUUGAUUGUGACGUAACAAUAAAAGUCUAGCGAUUAUUUCUUUACAAAUAAACUUCUGCAAUCCUUGUGACGUCAUUAA